ACGACGACGACGACGACGACGUUGUCCAUUUCCCCCGCCCCCCUUCCCCUUAUCCCGGUCCCUGCUCUCCCCACCGGCGAUGGCUGCCUCCGAUUAUGCCGUCUUCGAGAGCCGGAUAGCUUCCCUCGAAAAUGAACUCGUGAUGGCUGGCUCCCUUUAUCGGACAGUCAAGCUCCAAAAUGACCAUCUACUUCGUAGCCUCUCGGAAGAAAGGCUACGCUCCACUGAUCUUCAGCAUAAGGUUGACCAACUAGCCCAAAAACUUCGGCGGGUGUCCACAAGUGCUGCUGUCCGACAGCAACUCUUUGCUCCAUGCUCAUGCUCAACACUCCCGGUGGCUGAAAGUGCAGACAUCCAGCCGCCCGAUCACUUCUCCUUCGCCCCGGUGAGCUUCUCCCCGGCGCCAGCUGUGACCUCGGCAUCGAAAAGUGCCACAACAUCUGCAUCCGCCUCAACCACAGCGUCCGCCAGCGCAUCGACCUCCUCUCCUCCUGCAACUACCACCACCACUACGACAACCACCACCGCCGCCGCCGCCGCCGCUGCCACCGCCACUACCACCGACUCUGCUCCGGGCUCGGACCAACCCCCAGCCACCGCUCCCUCUACCGCUACAACCGCCACCGCGUCUGCAUCCUCCUCCUCGUCCGACCAACCCGAGGCCACCCCCUCGACCACCGCGACCACCGCUACCGCCACCACUGCAACCGCCACCACUGCAACCGCCUCUGGCGAGGCUACCGUUACAUCUACCACUGCUACCGCCACCGCCAAUGCCCCCCAACCACAGCAGCAGCAGCAGCAACAACAACAACAACAACAACAGCAGCAACAGCAACAACAAGCAUCUCGCCCCUGGUCUGCGACGGGUCCGGGCGUCUCGUCUGCCGACGGCCAUGCACCACGCUACUCCCAUCACCUGCGCAAGCAGGCUGCUCAAGCUUUCGAUGCCCAACUCCUGCGCAGUCGCCUGGCCGCCUUGGGUAUUGAAUCGGGUGCUCCGGCAUCCUCUUGGCAGCCGGUGCCAUCGCAGGCGGCCUGGCCCCCGACACAAGGGCAGUUUGGAAGGCCUCCCUCUCCGGCCAGUCGACUGGCACCCUCCAGCGUCCCGGACGCCCCGCCCGCCGGUGCGCCCCCCUCCCCCGGUGCGGCAUGUUCCUUUCGAUACAUGUCCAAGUGCGAGUUGCACGAGUACCAAAUCAGCCAGCUCCAGACCCAGCUUCGGACGCAGCAGUCCCAGCAGCAAAUCCUUCUCGGGCACCUGGCCAUGCUGCAGAAUUACACCUUCCAGACGGAUCGCCUGAAGGCGGAGUUCGGGGCAGCAGCUGUGGCCGAGUGGCCUGCCUCGGGAUUACUUUACCCGCCAUUGGUGCCGGAUUCGUCCAUUCCUCUGGACGAUGGGGCCUCGGCUCUGCAGCGCCCCUCGGUAUCGGUCCCGCUACCUUCCUCAGCCCCGGUCCCGGUCUCGGACCCGGCCCCGGCCCCGGCCCCGGCCCCGGUCUCGGACCCGGUCCCAGCCCCAGGCCCGGUCCCGGCCCCAGUCUCAACAGUGGCUUCGAGCGUACCGCCCUCCGCGGCGGCACCGGUGGCAACAGCCGGCGCUCCAUCCGCCCUGGGAGACCCAUCAAGCCACUUGCCAACAACCAUGGGACGCUACUUGUCCGGAGCACCGCAUCACCAUCCCCAUCACCACCCCCUCCUCCGCCAUCCGGGUUAUGGCCACUACCAACAUGCGCAGCAGCUCCACAGUGGCUACUAUCACCAUCAUACACCCCCCCUGCCGGUGCAUUACGCCUCUGUUGCCGGUCCUGCCACUGCCGCCAGGCCACAACACCGGGACCGUGCAACGUCACCGCCGCCGGGCUCUGCUCACCCUCCAGCGCCAUGGGGUACCAUGGAUGCACCACCAGAUGACCGGCAAGUGUAG